GGUACGGUCCUUCUCUCGCUCGCGGCGGUGGUUGGCGCCGGCUGCUGUGCACAUGGCCGAGUGAUUCAAAUCUCUGGAUUCAUGCAGUGAAAUUUACCAGCUUCUUUUCACACGCCCAGACUGACAGGAAUCGAUCUCUAAAUGCGAGACACGGAUAAUAUGGAGGCCGAAAUGGAGUAUGACGACGGAGAAGAAGAGCCUUCAUUCAGUGAUCCGGAGGAUUUCGUGGAUGACAUCAGUGAUCAGGAGCUGCUGGGGGAUGUUCUCAGAGAUAAACCUCAGGAGGCUGAUGGCAUCGACUCGGUCGUGGUGGUUGAUAAUGUCCCUCAGGUCGGACCAGAACGUCUGGAGAAACUCAAGAACGUCAUCCAGAAGAUCUUCUCCAAGUUUGGCAAAAUCACCAAUGACUUCUAUCCAUUCGCAGAUGGAAAGACCAAGGGGUACAUUUUCCUGGAGUACUCUGCACCAAGUCAUGCUCAUGAAGCUGUGAAGAACGCUGAUGGCUACAAGCUGGACAAGCAGCACACUUUCCGUGUCAACCUGUUCACAGACUUUGACAAGUACAUGUCAAUCAGUGAUGAGUGGGAAUCUCCUGAGAAGCAGCCCUUUAAAGAUUUUGGGAAUCUGCGUCACUGGAUGGAGGAUCCUGACUGUCGUGAUCAGUACAGUGUAAUCUAUGACUCUGGUGAAAGAACAGGCAUAUUUGCUAAUGAUGUCAAGGAACCUAUUGAAGUAGAGGAGAGAGCGCGCUGGACCGAGACAUACGUGCGCUGGUCUCCAAAAGGCACCUAUCUGGCCACAUUCCAUCAGAGAGGCAUUGCUCUGUGGGGCGGUGAGAAGUUCAAGCAGAUCCAGAGGUUCAGUCAUCAGGGGGUUCAGCUCAUUGAUUUCUCACCCUGUGAGAGGUAUGUGGUAACAUUCAGCCCUCUUAUGGACACUAAAGAUGACCCACAGGCCAUCAUCAUCUGGGAUGUUCUCACAGGACAGAAGAAAAGAGGCUUUCACUGUGAAAGCUCUGCCCAUUGGCCAAUUUUCAAGUGGAGUCCAGACGGGAAGUUCUUUGCCCGAAUGACUCAGGACACACUGAGCAUCUAUGAGACACCAUCAAUGGGUCUUUUGGACAAGAAGAGUUUGAAGAUAAAUGGAAUUAAAGACUUCUCUUGGUCACCUGGUGAUAAUAUCAUUGCGUUCUGGGUUCCUGAGGAUAAGGACAUCCCAGCAAGAGUAACACUCAUGCAGCUUCCAUCCAGGAACGAGAUCAGAGUGCGCAACCUGUUUAAUGUUGUGGACUGCAAACUUCACUGGCAGAAAAACGGAGACUAUCUCUGUGUGAAGGUGGACAGGACACCCAAAGGAACACAGGGCGUUGUCACUAACUUUGAGAUCUUCAGAAUGAGAGAGAAGCAGGUACCUGUGGAUGUGGUGGAGAUGAAAGAGGGCAUCAUUGCCUUUGCCUGGGAACCAAAUGGCAGCAAAUUUGCUGUGCUCCAUGGUGAAUCUCCCAGAAUCAAUGUAUCAUUCUACCAUGUGAAGAACAAUGGCAAAAUUGACUUAAUAAAAAUGUUUGACAAGCAACAGGCAAAUAGCAUCUUCUGGAGUCCACAGGGGCAGUUUUUGGUGUUGGCUGGGUUGAGGAGCAUGAAUGGAGCUCUUGCUUUUGUGGACACGUCGGACUGCACCAUUAUGAACAUCGCAGAGCAUUACAUGGCCUCAGACGUAGAAUGGGACCCCACUGGACGAUAUGUUGUGACAUCUGUCUCCUGGUGGAGUCACAAGGUGGACAAUGCCUUUUGGCUGUGGACAUUCCAGGGUCGUCUGCUGCAGAAGAACAACAAAGAGCGUUUCUGCCAGCUGCUGUGGAGGCCCCGUCCACCCGCUCUCCUGACUGCAGACCAAAUAAAGCUCAUCAAGAAGGACUUAAAGAAAUACUCCAAGAUCUUUGAACAGAAAGAUCGUCUCAGUCAAUCCAAGGCAUCAAAGGAACUAGUGGACAAGAGACGUUCCAUGAUGGAGGACUAUCACAAAUACCGUGAGAGAGCCAUGGACAUGUACAAUGAGCAGAGACCUCUCCGCCUCGAACUCAGAGGAGGAGUGGACACUGAUGAGCUGGAAAGCAAUAUCGAUGACUGGGAGGAAGAGACCAUUGAGUUUUUCAUCAAUGAAGAAAUUAUUCCCAUUGGAGAUCUGUAAUUCCAACAGCAGGUGCUGUGUGUGUAGCAAUAUGACUCUGAUAUGCUAUUUGAAAUACCUUGGUGCAGUCAUAAUAAUUUUAUUUUUUCCUUAUUUUCAGUAUCCCGUUUUUAGUGGAGGAGUGUGGACUAUCAUUGGAGAAAAAAAAUUGAGGCAUCCCCUAGAAGAGUUUUCCUUGUUAUCAUCAGUCAAGUGCCUCUUAAUACUGGUCACUGCGGAAGGAGAAUUUUGUGCCACUGUUGACUGCUGCUUUUUAACAAAAUCAUCCAGCUCUGGGAGAAUCCACCCUGCCAACAUCAUUCAGGCCUGCUCUUGGUGGAUCUGAUCAUUAGGCGUUCCUUUUCUUGCCUUUGAUUGAUCUACCUCAUCAUAAGGGUCUUACCAUGGCACAAUAUGCCACAAACUGUUUUUCCAUCAUCUCACAGAAGGAAAACAUUUUGUUUCCUAAGAUUUUCCAAAAGGCGAACUUGUACUCUAGUGUGCAAAAAUGGCACUACAGUGGUCUGUAUCCUCCUCCAUUCAGAUUACCUGAUAUUAAAUGCACAGCAAGGGAAUAAAGAUGAACUGAAAUUCAA